AUGAGCGGAUUUGGUAUGAUUGAACCAUCAGCGAGUCCAUGGAGUUCGCCGAUAGUACUUGUGAAGGAGAAGGAUGGUCAAAUGCGGUUCUGCGUAGACUACCGGAAAUUAAAUGAUGUGUCGAAGAAUGAAAGCUAUCUAUUUCCCAAGAUAUAUGAUACUUUGGACUCAUUGACUGGAACAAAGUGGUUCCCAACACUCGACGUUAAGAGCGGUUAUUGGCAAGUGAAGGUAAGUGACGGGGACAAGGAAAAUAUAGCUUUCAGCGUUGGAGAUGGUCUUUGGCAAUUCACGGUGAUCCCCUUCGGAUUAUGCAACGCUCCUGCCAAUUUUGAAAGACUUAUGGACCAUGUGCUUAAAGGACUGCAUUGGAAAACAUGUUUGGUGUAUCUAUACGACAUUAUCGUCUUGGGUAAAAGCUUUGAGGAACACCUGAAUAAUUUGGAAUAA